AUGGCGCCGCCGGCAACCCAACGCCGCCGCGGCUCCCACAAGAAGGCUCCUGUCGCAGCGGAGGUGCCGCCGGAGGCCCCUGUCGCUGACAUCCGCGCCCUCCCGGACGAGGUCCAAAGCGCCAUCAUCUCCUUGCUCCCGACCGACGCCGGCGUCCGCACCCGGGCCGUUGCCUCCGGCUGGACAGCCCUCUGGCGCGCCGCUCCGCUCAACCUCGACGACCGCGAGCUCCGUCUCCGUCCCAGCUGGCGCAACGGGGACCGCAUCGCCGCGCGCAUCACCUCCAUCCUGUCCGCCCACCCCGGCCCAGCUCGCCGGCUGUCCCUCAUGAACCUCACCCGUGUCUCCAACACCACCGGCGACGACCGCUACGCCACCUUCGACGCCUGGUUCAGGUCCCCCGUCCUCAACAGGGUCAAGGAGGUCCAUUUCCAGUACCUGUACAGGUACAGAGCCGAUGAGCUCGACCCAUUGCCGCUGCCAGCGCUGAGAUUCACCGACCUCACAAUCGCUAGCUACGGCAGGUGCCACUUCCCAGAUAAUCUUGCUGGUGUUAGGUUUCCUAACCUCACGCAGCUCACCCUCCAUGAUCUCACAAAUACGGAGCGCACAGUCCAUGACAUGAUUUCAGCCUGCCCACAAAUUAGGAGCCUACUGCUCAGAAACAACAAAAGGUUCCGCCGCGUUCGCAUCAGCUCCCCGACCCUCAUAUCCCUUGGCCUGUCUGUUGGGGAGCAUGAUGAUGAGCCAGCGAUGGAACAACUCACAAUAGUGGAUGCUCCCAGCAUGGAGAGGCUGCUCAUCUUUGACACAGAGGGGGGACCAAUUAACAUUCGUGUAAUUGGUGCUCCAAAUCUUCGGGUCCUGGGAUCCCUGCCCAGUUCUUUGCUCAGACUGCAGCUCGGCAACACAGUUCUCCAGGAAAUGAUUGCCAUCAAUGCGAUAACAUCAAUGCACUCUGUUAAGAUUCUUGCACUUGGCGCUGAUGGUUUUAAAUUGGACAUCAUCGUUGAUAUCCUCAGAUGCUUUCCCUGCUUGGAGAAGCUUUACUUUACGUCAAUGGUAAUAGAAUCUGGCGAAACAAUGCAGAAUAAUGGUGCUCUACUACCUAUCCAGUGCCUUGAGACACAUCUCAAGGAAAUAGUACUGAGAAACUUCACAGGCACCAGAGAAGAUGUUAGGUUCGCCAAGUUCUUCAUUCUGAAUUCUAGAGUCCUAGAGCUGAUGGAGUUUCGAGCUCCAGUCAGACAAAACAUCAAGAAGUGGGAGGCUAACGAGCGGCGUAAGCUUCCAAGAAAGAGUGACAGAGCUUCUCAGGCUGCUCGAUUUCGUUUUGUGUACCAUACCUGUCUUUUUAGAAAUUAUGAGGACACAAACCGCACACAUGCAUUAACGGAGUCCGAUCCGUUUAAAGGCAUGUUAUGA